AUGCCGGAUAGGUUUGCUCGCCCACCGUUCAACUACUAUGACGGGAAGACUGAUCCGGUAGAACACGUCAGCCAUUAUAUUCAGAUGAUGUCUUUGCAUACUCAUAACGAUGCACUCAUGUGCAAGGUAUUUCCCUUAAGUUUAGGACCAAUUGCAUUGAGGUGGUUUAGUGGGUUACGGAAAGGAUCCAUACGUAGUUUCUCCGAGUUGGUUCAAGAGUUCGGAGUCUGGUUUGUGACGUGUAGCCAAGUACCUCAGCCAGUAGACACGCUCCUCUCAAUGAAAAUGAGGGGGGGAGAGACCCUCCGUAAUUAUGCCAACCCAUAUUGGGAGCUAUACAACGAGAUUAGCGGGGAUAACAAAAGGGUGGCAGCAAGCACAUUUAGGAUAGGGUUGCCCGAGGAUUCAGGGCUACGAGAGUCGUUAACCAAAAAGCCGCCAAAAGGCAUGCGGCAGCUUAUGAGAUGCAUUGAGGAAUACAAAUGA